AUGUCGUUGCAAGAGGCGCAGUCUGCAGAACGCAAACCAGGCCCAUUUCGUUAUGUUUCUGAAAAUUCUAUCCCUCAGCUCGAAAGUUUAAACUCUUCACAGGCCUCUAGAACACCAACUAGGACUCCAAAGAGGGACCAUGAUGGGGGGCCUCAUCUUUUGAAAAAAAUGUUCAAAAAACCAUCUGUAACUCGAAGCUUUGGUAGCUUUGCGCAGACGAAUCAAACAGGUGGAGGUGAUAGUGGUUCUAAAAGCAAAGUUUAUCGAAGCGCAAAAGACACGCGAAACACUUUGUCAUCUUUGGCGCUAUUCUCGAGCGAGAACAAGUUUUCUCCACCACGCGAAAAACCUCCAUUUGGACCUGCGCACUCAGCUCCAAAUAUCAAGAAUCAGCCGAGAACACGUGUUGGAAGUCGACGCAAGCCAAAGCGCGAUGGUGGUUAUUACCGCGGGCGUGACCAUGACUAUGAUCUUCAACGACGCACCUCUCACAGAAACUACGUUGACCCUCUCUAUGACCACCUUAAUCCCACAAAUGAUGAAGAAGGCGAGAAGCCCAUUUGGGGUUUGAACAAACCUCUACCGCAUGUCUUAGAUGGAAGACUUGCUAAAAAAAUGAUGCGCCGAAACAUUGAGGCUCAAUCAAAGGAGCCGACCAGGCCGAACUCCAAACAAGCUUCUCGUCGUGGAUCGACUGCUUCAGUCCAUAAACUAAGAAAGUUCAUGAAGCGUGCCGCGUCUAAAAAAAAGUUGGAUGACAUUGAAGCACAGGCGGGCGAGCCGGAAUCGAGUAAGGAAUACAGGGACGAGGACAUUGACAAACAAUUUGAUCAAGUAUUUUCGGAUGCUAACACAGUAGACGAGGGAUCGCAAAGAGAGGCUCCUGUAGCCCUACCUGCUACAAAGGAAGGUACUCUACACUCAAAUUCUUCUGUAAGGGACGAGACGUCCACGACUUCAGCAGCGCCCUCAAGAGAAUCGCAAGAGGCGAAACUCGAUGAACAAUUGCCAAUCGAAUGUGUCGCGGAGGAGAUAGAAAGGGAACAACAAAAAGAGCAUGAUGAAAAACCAGAUGAGCUCAAGUUUACCAAUUACUGGGCCAAAUUACGUCAUAAACUGAAGGAACCCUUUGCUGAAUUCAUCGGAACACUCAUAUUGGUAGCAUUUGGGGUUGGUGGUACACUUCAAAACCUUGUCACCGACGGAGCUGGGGGGUCUUAUGAGACUGUCGCUUUCGGUUGGGGAUUUGGCGCAAUGCUUGGGGUUUACAUCGCUGGCGGUGUAAGUGGUGGUCACUUGAACCCUGCUGUAACAAUUGCGAUUGCGCUAUUCAGGAAAUUUCCUAAAGGAAAGGUCCCAGUUUACAUCAUCGCUCAAAUUUUCGGCGCAUUUUUUGGUGGGGCAAUAGCUUAUGGCUACUUUUGGAGCUCCAUCUCGGUAUAUGAAGGCGGCGAGCAUCUAAGAACCGUGAAAACAGGAAGUUGUCUUUUCACGAACCCAAAGAGCUACGUCACAUGGCGAAACGCUUUUUUUGACGAAUUUAUAAGCAGUGCCAUGCUGGUCGGCUGUCUGAUGGGUCUGCUUGAUGACAGUAACUCGCCUCCAGCUCCGGGGACUGGUGCUUUCAUUGUUGGCUUGCUGAUAGCCGCAAUUGGGAUGACAUUAGGUUAUCAGACAAACUUCACAAUGAACCCAGCACGCGAUUUAGGUCCGCGUAUAUUUGCCUCGAUGAUUGGUUACGGGGCCGAGGUUUUCCACCUUUACAAAUGGUGGUGGGCCUGGGGUGCUUGGGGCGCAACAAUUCUUGGCGGCAUUACUGGAGCUUUCAUCUACGAUGUAUUCAUCUUUACCGGCUGUGAAUCUCCCAUUAACUAUCCAGAUAACAGCUAUGUCAAACAAAAGGUGGACGAACUUCUCUACGAGACAUUACCCGAACAGUUGGGUUUUGAAAGCACAAAGAGCUCCGGGAGUUCCGAGAUGUCUGAAGAGGAUGAGAAACGUGAUGAUCUUAAAGCAGACACAAUGUAA